GGGCAGGCUCGUUCUGGAGCUUAAAAAUCAGUGCUACUCCAUGGCAAAAUGCAAAUGAAAGUAAAGCUGGCACAAGUCUUGAAUCGCAAACCCCACGCGCACCCGCCGUCCCUGUUCUCAAUCGAGCAGCAGACCACAAACACAAUCAUCUCCGCCACUGUUCACACUCUCGGGAACUCACUGGCUUCACUCCCACGCUCACAACUCCCAAGUGCUUUCGUCCACGCUCGCCAUUUUAGGGUUUUGGCUUUUCACUGUAAACCAUUUGCACGUUCUUUUUAACCCUUUUGGCCUUGAAGUCAAUCGACGUGUAAACCCAUCCGGCAAAGCCCAAAACCACCCCUGCUUACAGAAUAUUUGCAUGAAAGGCCAAAUGGGUCUCUGCUAAAAAGCUUCUUUCUUUCUGAAUUCACGGGGUGAAGCCUCAGAUCUAUGGCCUUAAUCCUUGUAUUUUGAAAGAAGAACUUGAUUUCUGAAGCAGGUUUUCAUUUUUUAUCAGAAAGGGAAAAAAGUGAGUGAUUACUCAUUUUUUUUUUUUUUAAUGAAAAUCAGUGCCCCGUUUCAUUCUAGAAGAUGAACAAUUUUUAAAAAUUACAGCGCGCUGGUUGUGCUCCAACUGUUUGUUCUUGGUAACAUGAAAAGAAGAAUCGGGUUUCACCAGGACUUCAUUUCUGUGUACUGCUAGAAAUAUCCAUCUGUAGUCUUAAACCCUGAUUUAAACCCUGAUUUGUUUUGGGUUUUAUUGGAGAGAUAACACCCGUGUAAGAAAAAUGAAGGCCUUUUAGCGGUUCAGCAAGUCGGGUCUGUCUCUUUGCGGGAAAAGAUGAUCCAGCUAUUGUUCUUGGUUCUUUUAGCUGAAGGUGUGGUAGCCUUGUUUCUAAUGGUGAAGAUUGGGCCGCUGAGAGAGCUGGUAAUGAGAGGCUUGGAUCAGGUGAAGAUGGGAAAGGGCCCAGCUUACGUUAAAACUAUUGCUUGUACCAUGUCCGUGAUUCUCUUCUCGAGUGUUUGGAGCAUUCUUAAGAUUCAGAACAAGGGUUCCAAGCUAGGUACAAUGACCCCCAUGGAUCAGGUUCUCUGGAGGACCCACUUGCUAGAAGCUUCGCUCAUUGGUUUCUCCUUAUUUCUUGGAUUUGUGAUUGAUUAUUUGCACCAUUAUCUUCAAAAGCUAGUUGGCUUGCGGAGCACCGUAGGAGAUUUGAAAAAGGAAGUUGAGAAGCUUCAGAAGGAAAAGACGCAGCUUAGUGAAAAGGACGUGCACAGGUCAAAGGAAAUGAAGCUGCUGCAAGAGGAAAUUGUUAAUUUAACACAAAACUUGAAGAGCCUAAAGUUGGAAUGUGAAGACAAGGACAAAAGGGUUGAAACUGCUGAAGCUCAUGUUGCUGCCCUCCAGAAACAAUCUGCAGAUCUGCUACUUGAGUAUGAUCGUCUGUUGGAGGACAAUCAAAAUCUUCAGACCCAAGCUCUGGGGGGGAGUAGAAGUUGAGAAAACUUAUGCAGAAAAAUCAAAGUUUCUGGCAAUGGCAAUGUUUUAUCAAACAUAUUGCUUGGCAAUCAUCAUGGGCAAGCAUCUUUUCUCAGAGACUGUUUCUUUUUUUUCUUUGUUUUGGGUCUAUUUCUAAAUUUUGUUCUUAUUUUAUUUAUGGUAAGGGAGGUUUCUUUUUCCUUUUUUCUUGUCCUUUUUUUUUUUUUUUUGUGGGAUGGGGAGGGAUUUGUUGUUCAGUACAGUGAGACUACUCCUAGCUCAAGUCAAAUGUUGAAAAAUUUUGUAGUGUGUUGCAUGUGUUAAAGAGUGGCAUUUUAUUUUA